GAAGUAAAUGGUGUAAGAAAGUGAAACUUACCAACAUUAUGAAUUCAUAGUCCAUUACCAUCGCCCAUGUGUACUUUUCCAGGUCCAUGAUAUGUCUCCUUCUAAGCUAAGUUCGACUGAAAUAGAGUGCAGUGAGAGGUUGCACCAGAGUCGGGGUACCACGCCAGAUCCAUCACUUUGUUGGAGGUAGCAAUAUUGGCCAUGUGUUUAUCAAUUGUAGCUGCUCAUACACCCAGAGUCGAACAAAAUCCCCCAGCUCCCGCCAAACAAACUCCUCCAGCUCCAGCUGACCUCACUCCUCCAGCUUCCACUGACUAGACGCCUACUGGUCGCCCAGCAAAAUCUUCAAGAGAAGAUCUUACGAGUGUGGUGCUCAAUUCAGCCAAAGUUAGGCUGACCAAGAUUACCAAGCACCGCUGCAGCCGAGAGGCCAUCCAAUAGACUAUCUCCAUGGCGGUCGAUCAGGUCUUCAACCAUGCACUGAACGAAGUGCUUAGCGGAGUUCUCACCAUGAGCUCCGGCUGGCGAAGUUCGAGGGCAAUGGCUGCUCAGUUUGAAAAGAGGCUUAGCGAUCAGCUUUGCAUUGCCGAGGCCCAACAUGCCAAGCAACUCAAAACAAUCGAAGCUAAACAUGACGAGCAACUCAAGGAAGUUGAAGUGAAGCAUAUCGAGGAGCUCCAAGGGGUCGAGGCGAAACACAUCGAGGCAUUCAGGGAGGUCGAGGCAAAACACACCGGGGUGUUGCAAACGGAUGAGGCCAAACUUGCCUCCCUCGAAGCGGAGCUAAAGAAAUUGGAGGCAUCAAUCGCUAAGAUCACUGCUUCCAAGGAGCAGUACAAAGAGGUCUCGCUUAUGAACUAUCGGGAAGCCCACAAGCUUCAAGCAGAGCUGGAGAUAAGCCACAAGGAGACUGCCGAUCUGGAGGAGGCGAAUGCCCGCAACCUUGAAGAAUACGAGGGGGCGGUGUUUGAGUGUUUCUAUAUGUUCUGGAAAUGCAAUCCCAACGCUGACUUUUCCUAUCUACCAGACCAUAUAAGGGAGGCUGAGCUAGCAAGGUGUGUGGCACGCUUAGAGGAAGAGAAGACUCAAGGGUCUCCCGAGAUCUCUCUAGCAACAGGCGUUGAGGGUGUCCAGGAAGACAUUGGAGCUGCCAUCGACCAGCAGCCACAAGAGCCUCAGCAGGAUCUUUCGGCCUCCUCGUAACUUUAUCUGCUUUUUCUUUAACUUUUAUUUUGGGAUACACAAUCUAUGGCUCGUGAUGUAAAGCCAAUUUUUACUUUUAUUGCUGG